AUGACCCGCCCUCUCUGUGUCACAGGGCUGCUGUGUGUCCUGCUGAGUCUCUCCAGAGCCGGAGCCUGGGACUUUCAGCCCUGUAACCCCCGGUGCCCUCUCAACUCAGAAUGUGUCAACGCCACUGCCUGUCGCUGCAAGCCGGGGUUUGCCUCUUCAUCUACAGAGAUCUUCACUGACCCCCUGGAGAUCUGUGAAGACAUCAACGAAUGUUUGUUGCCCCAUAAAGUGUCCUGUGGAUAUUUUGCUGACUGCCACAAUGUGCAGGGGAGCUACUACUGCACGUGCUUCCCAGGAUUUGAGCUUCUUUCUGGGGCAAAAACAUUCAGUAAUGCGAGUGAGAACACAUAUCAAGAUGUGGACGAGUGCAGCUCCGGAGAGCAUAAGUGCCACCACUCCACCACCUGCACCAAUACCUGUGGGUGGUACUGGUGCUACUGCCUCCCAGGCUGGGAGCCGAUUCCUGGGAGCAUCAAUGGCAUGUACAACAACAUCUGCAAAGUCAAGCCCUUCUUCACUUGGCCUCUGCCUCCUGGAGUCCACAGCCAGAGUCUCUCCCACUUCUUUGACAAAGUCAACAAUCUGCACAGAGAUUUCAAGCCAGCUGUGGCCAAGGACAUCAUCCAGGGGAUCAUGCAGGAGAUGGACAAGCUGCUGGAGACCCCUGGGGACCUGGAGACCCUGCCCCCCUCACAGAAGCACUGUGUGGCCACUUACCUACUGACAGGCCUGGGGAGUGCCCUGAGAAACCUGAGCAGGGGUCUGCCUGAGGGGACAUCAACCUUCAAUUAUUCUGCAGGCACACAACUGUCCGUAAAAGUGCAGGAGCAAGGAGAUGGUAAUGUCACCUUGAGUCUGAAUCAGGCAAAGAUGCAGCUGAACUGGAAUCUGGCACAGGAAUCUGGUCACAGAGGCCCUUCUGUGGUGGGCUUGGUCUCCACCCCAGGGAUGGACAAGCUACUGGCUGAGGCUCCCCUGGUCCUGGAGCCUGAGAAGCAGGUGGCUCCCCAUGGGACAUAUGAGGACUUGCUGCCGAGAGUCUCACCUGUCCUGCUCUCAGAUGUCAUCUCAGUCUUUUUGAGCAGCAACAACACCCAGAACCUCAGCUCGCCAGUUACCUUCACCUUCUCCCAUGCUGUGAGUCCAAAGCGUGAAGUUCUCUGUGUCUUUUGGGACCAUGGCCAGAAUGGAUGUGGUCAUUGGGCCACUGCAGGCUGCAAAACAUUGGGCACCAGAGAUGGCAGUACCACCUGCCAUUGUACCCACCUCAGCAGCCAUGCAAUCCUCAUGGCCAGCUAUGAUGUGCAGGACAAGGACCCUGUGCUGGACUUCAUCACCUGCGUGGGGCUGGGCGUGUCGCUGCUGUGCCUGGUCCUGGCGGCCCUCACCUUCCUCCUGUGCAGAGCCAUCCAGAACACCAGCACCUCCCUGCACCUGCAGCUCUCGCUCUGCCUCCUGCUGGCCCACCUGCUCUUCCUCACGGCCAUCGACAGAACCCAGCACAAGGUGCUGUGCGCAGUCAUUGCAGGCGCCCUGCACUACCUCUACCUGGCCUCCUUCACCUGGAUGCUGCUGGAGGGGCUGUUCCUCUUCCUCACAGCGCGGAACCUGACCGUACUCAGUUACUCCAGCAGAAACAGGCUCAUGAGGAGGCUCAUGUUCCCUGUGGGCUACGGGGUCCCGGCCACCAUCGUGGCCAUGUCUGCAGCAGCCAGACCUCACCUGUAUGGCACCCCUGCUCGCUGCUGGCUCAACCCCAAAAACGGGUUUGUGUGGGGCUUCCUUGGACCUGCCUGUGCCAUCUCUUGUGUCAAUAUGGUUUUCUUCCUGAUGACCCUCUGUAUUGUGAAGAGCAAGCUGUCCUCCAUCAACAGAGAUGUGUCCACCCUCCAGAACACGAGGGUGCUGACAUUUAAAGCAAUGGCUCAUCUCUUCAUCUUGGGCUGCACAUGGUGUCUGGGUGUCCUGCAGGUGGGCUCCCUGGCCCCCGUCAUGGCCUACCUCUUCACCAUUGUCAACAGCCUGCAGGGUGUAUUCAUCUUCCUAGUGUACUGCCUCCUCAGCCAACAGGUCCAGGAGCAGUACAGGAAAUGGUUCAAGAGGAUCUGGAAAUGGACAACUGAAUCUGAGUCCUACACUCUGUCUAGCAAGGCUGUGUCCGACACCUCCAGACCCAGUACGGACAGGACAAAGACUCUGUGCUGUGUGUUUCAAGAAAUCCAUCAUGUUGGCCAUGUGAAGGUAUUCUUGGAGGACAUGAUCGACAUUGAACUCCCACAGAACCUGAAAUGUGUCCAUGCCCAACAUGUUGCUGAGCAAACUCAACAUCCAGAUGCCAUCUGCCACCCAAUUCCUCAGUUUCUCUGUUAA